CUCCUGGCACAGCAGAGAUGCUGAUCCUAUGGCACCACAGUUGGAAACUCCUUGGAAUUUAACAAACAUGUACACGCGAGAUCAGAGCAUCUCCAGACCCAGAAGGCCCCCUUGUGAGCCUCCCCAGUCGCUGUCCCCUGCCCCCCAUCCCCAGAGAGAACACUGCUCUGACUUCUAGCGCAGUCCUUGUCUCUGCUGGGCAGGCAGCUCCCGUCCUGCAGUUUUGGAAAGGCAAUUUUAGGGGGGAGGCCGUUAGUGGCAGUUCGAUUCAUUUUGGUUUGUUCUGAAUGGAGCCUGUUGGUCCCCAAGUUCUGCCUGCCGGCCCAGAGCAGGGGUUGGCACAAGCUCUGGGUAACUGUUUUUGGCUUUGCCAGGGAUUGAGUGAGCAUGGCCGCGUUCUAAUAAAAGGAGAUUUGCAGAAACGGAGAGUGGGCCGGAGUUUGUGACUCGAGAAUAGCGCAGGGCUUUUCCUUUGUAAAGUUCAUGUCCCGUCUCCACUCCAAACCCACACCCGUGUGCCCUGGGACCCGGGCGGCCUUGUGUGUGUUUUCAGGCCACCUCAGGUAGCCUUCCAGCACAUUCCACGAGCACCUGCUGGGUUCCCCUGGUCCGGGGCACGUGUCCAGGGCCCAGAACUGUCAGAAUGGAUUCCAACUUAAACAGCCCAGACAGCCCCUCCCCACCUUGAAUGAGGUAAUCCCAUUAGCCCUUUCACCGCCUGUCAUGCUUUCCUCCUGCGAGAACCCCCCGGGCGGGGUGGUGGGAGCGCGGUGGAUGCCGACCAGAAAAUACUCCCAUUAAGGUGGACGCUGGGGAAGGGGCUGGGGGAACGUGGACGAGAUCAGGAGCCUCGGGGGAUCCCUGCACAGAUGAAAAGUCAGCCCCUGGGGAGAGAGAGAAAGUUGUGGUCAGAGGGGAAAUUUUACAGUUUGGCUCCUUAGAGGUGGAACAGUUUCGAGUGACUGUGAGGCUGACAGCUGUUUGCGGUGAUGGAGCCUGGUGUGUGUUUCAGGCACUCCUCACGUGCCACCUUCGCUUGAUCUUUUUAAUCGGAUGUCCUGGGCAGUGGCUCCCGCGGGCCGUUCCCAUUGUGCAGCAGCAGAGACCGAGGUGACAGGAGAUGAGUUUAGGGACGGCCAGGGAGCUACUCGGAGGCUGGAGCCGGGAUCUGGACCCUGGCAGUUGGGCACCUCUGUGCUGUCUGCCUCUCAAGGGGCGACCAGGCACCCGCUGGCCACGUUUUUCCACCUGUUUUUCCGAGUGAGUGCCAUCGUCACCUACGUGGGCUGUGACUGGUUCAGCAGGAGCUUUGCGGGCUGCUUUGUCACCGUGCUUCUCCUCCUGACCUUGGACUUCUGGUCUGUGAAGACGAGGCCUCUUUCUUGGCCCGCGGCUGCUGAGAGGCGUCUGGUCCCUCUUCCUCAGAAUGUGACGGGUCGACUCAUGGUGGGCCUUCGCUGGUGGAACCAGAUCGAUGAAGACGGGAAAAGCCACUGGAUUUUUGAAGCCAGGAAGGUCUCUCCGCAUCACGUGGUGGCCACGGAGGCGGAAGCGAGGGUCUUCUGGCUCGGCCUCAUCAUCUGCCCGAUGAUUUGGAUCGUGUUCUUUUUCAGCUCCCUGUUUUCCUUGAAGCUCAAGUGGCUGGCCCUCGUGAUAGCCGGGAUCUCUCUCCAGGCUGCCAACCUGUACGGCUACAUCCUGUGUAAGAUGGGAGGCGAGAGUGACAUCAGCAAAAUCACAGCCAGUUUUCUGUCCCAGACGGUGUUCCAGACGGCCUGUCCAAGCAACUUUCAGAAGCCUGGACUCGAGGGGCUGGAGAUUCACAAGCAUUAGGCUUAUUUUCCGAGACGGCAGGGGCUCGAGGGGGAGGUUCUGCGGUCGAGCUGCCGACAGAGAUGAGUGCCAGGACCCGCAGGCCGGAGGUCUUCCCGUGGAGCAGGCCUCGGGCCCGAGGCUUGAGAGGUUUUUAUUUUCUAAAUGGCACGUCUGUAAACACGGCUCUGUACAGCUUGUGCUCAGGGAACGACGAGUAAAGUCUCUGCAAGGCUCUCCAA